AGGCCCCGCCUCUCCGCCCUCCUGCUCUGGCUUCCCAUAACCAAGAUGGCGGCCUCCUGUGUGAGAUCUCGCGCUGCACUUUCCUAUCGGCUCUUUCUCGGGGGCAGGAUUAACGUAGCUUGUAGUCCUGUCCUCUGGAAAGCCGCAGCUGCAGAGUUGCAAACAGUUUCCGGAUCCCAGAUAUUAAGGCUGAGACAUACUACAGUUGUAACAACAAAGAAAAAUUUGGCUGCCUUAAGACGUGAAACCUACACAGUGGAUUUUAUUAAAAAGCAGAUUGAGGAGUUCAACCUAGGAAAGAGACAUUUAGCCAACAUGAUGGGAGAAGAUCCAGAAACUUUUACACAAGAGGAUAUUGAUAGAGCUAUUGCUUAUCUUUUUCCCAGUGGUUUAUUUGAGAAGCGAGCCAGGCCAAUAAUGAAGCAUCCUGAACAGAUUUUUCCAAAACAAAAAGCAACCCAGUGGGGAGAAGAUGGUCGUCCAUUUCAUUUUCUCUUUUAUACUGGCAAACAGUCAUAUUAUUCAUUAAUGCAUGAUGCUUAUGGAAAGCUACUCAAUUUAGAAAAACAUAAAAAUGAGUUGCAAGCCAAAGGUCUAUUUUCAGAAGAAGCUAAAACCAAAGACCUGAUUGGUAGCAGAUGGCUGAUUAAGGAGGAACUAGAAGAAAUGUUAGUGGAAAAACUGUCAGAUCAAGAUAAAAGACUGAGAGCACUAAAGAUCCACAGGACAAGUGCUGCAUCUACACAGUUUUCUAAAAGCAGCAUGAAGGUGCCAAAGUGUCAUCCUGUCAAAAUUCAUCAAGAAAAACAACAUUGGAAAGAUCAGUAUGCACAGUUCAUUCGGCUGCUGGAAAGGUUAUUGACACUGCAGUGUGGUGCUACUGAAAAAGAAUUUUUGCAGAGCUUUCGUAGGAGUGUAACUAUUCAAUCAAAAAAACAGCUGAUUGAGCCUGUGCAGUAUGACGAGCAGGGAAUGGCCUUCAGCACAAGUGAAGGUAAGAGAAAGAGUGCAAAAGCAGAGGCAGUUGUUUAUGAACAUGGAAGUGGAAGAAUAAAAGUUAAUGGAAUCGAUUACCUGCUUUACUUCCCUGUGACACAGGACAGAGAACAGUUGAUGUUCCCUUUCCACUUCCUGGACCGACUUGGAAAACACGAUGUGACCUGCACAGUCUCAGGGGGUGGGAGGUCUGCGCAAGCUGGAGCGAUACGCUUGGCGAUGGCCAGAGCUUUGUGCAGCUUUGUCACCGAGGAAGAGGUUGAGUGGAUGAGACAAGCCGGACUACUUACUGUUGAUCCACGCAUCAGAGAACGGAAGAAGCCAGGCCAAGAAGGAGCCCGCAGGAAGUUCACCUGGAAGAAGCGCUGAGUGUUUGCUCAGGAGAGGGCGUGCUGCAUGUGUGCCUGCAUGUGGCAGGCACACAGUGUGAGGGCAACGUUAUCAGACACUUGAGUUGUGAGAGUAUUUAUUUUUAAUGCUACUUUGUAAAGGUUACUUUAUAAAAAUAAUUUUUUAAAUGUUUAGCUUCAA